AUGGCGGAUAGAGAAGAUCAUGUCGAUGGUGAUGCGAUGGCGAUGGAAGCCGCGUUGGCUUUCCGGCAGGAGUCCUCGCUCCAGAAGGUUGUUCAGAAGAUUGAGAAGGACGCGAGCGAAGGCCUUCCUGGCGAUGUUCAGCACGGAGAUGUUUUGGUGGUUGUGACAGAGUUGGUGGUUCCCCUUCUGCUUCUAGAGAUGGUCGAUUGUGGUUUCCUUGAAAUUCUGAGGAACUUGUCCCUGGCGCCACAUCUCCUGGAGGAGCGUUGUCAGGUGAUCCAUAAGUUGGAGGCCUGCGUGCUUGAGACCUCAGCAGAGAUCGCUUCUGACCGGGGCGCCUUAUCGCUAGACAGCUGCUCAACGGUCCUGAUGGCUUCAUGGAGGAUAGGCGGGAGGUCGGGAUCGACGUUGGUCUCAACCUGA